GCGGGGGGCGAUGGCGGCGGCGGAUUUGGGGCGACUUUGGGCCUAAAACGGCUCCGCGCUCGUCAUUAUUUGUAACCAUAGAGCAUGAAUUACCUCCUGAGGUCAUCAGCGAGAAUUUACGACUGGUCAACAAAAGCACGUGACGCCCAAACGCACCCCCCACCCUCCCCCCAUAUUUGGCCGCAUACAUAGCAAAAACGAAGUACAGUGCAUCGCUAUAAUUCAUUAAUACAUCAUAAAUCGUCAAGCACGGGGUUAUAACGACCACGAGCCACAAAUCAAGCCCUCCAAAAUAACCCAAAUGAGCUCUUACUUUGUAAACUCGUUCUCAGGGCGCUACCCAAAUGGCCCCGACUAUCAGUUACUAAAUUAUGGGACCGGCAGUUCCAUGAACGGUUCUUACAGAGAUUCAAGCACCAUGCAUUCCAGCUCUUAUGGCUACAACUACAAUGGGAUGGACCUUAGCAUCAACCGCUCGGCCUCCUCCAGUCACUUUGGGGCUGUGGGCGAGAGCUCCCGCGGUUUCCCUUCUCCAGCUCAGGAGAGCAGGUUUAGACAGGCGUCCAGCUGCUCCUUAUCUUCUCCCGACUCCCUGCCCUGCUCCAACAGCGAGAGCCACGGGGACAAACCCGCCCCGUCCCCCUCCGAGCAGGCUCCUGCUGCCAGCAGCACCAACACAAAUUUCACAGAACUAGACGAGACCAGCGCGUCCUCGGGAGCCGACGAGGGCACUCCACUAAGCAGCAGCAUCCCCCGAGCGCAGGCAGAGCCCAUCGCGACCUCCACGGCAGCGACAGAAGGGCAGGCACCUCAGAUAUUCCCUUGGAUGAGGAAACUUCACAUUAGCCAUGACAUGACUGGACCAGACGGGAAGAGGGCGAGGACAGCGUACACUCGCUACCAGACCCUGGAGUUGGAAAAGGAAUUCCACUUCAAUAGAUAUCUCACCCGCAGGAGGAGAAUAGAGAUCGCUCACGCGCUCUGCCUCUCCGAGCGCCAGAUCAAAAUCUGGUUCCAGAACCGGCGCAUGAAGUGGAAGAAGGAUAACAAACUGAAAAGCAUGAGCCUGGCCUCGGCGGGCAGCGCCUUCCAGCCCUGAAACCCUCCUCCAGCGCCAGCCCGGGGGGAAAACCACACAAAAAAAGUGAAGAAGAAGAAGACAAAAAAAAAAAAAAUUAAAAAUUAAAAAAACCCAAAAAACCACAACAAAAAACCCCCGAGUGAAUAAUGAAAUAAAUAAAGAAAAGGCCGCAGAUUUAAUUUCGGAGUACUGUACAGCGAGGCACCUUCUGUGGUUGAUUUAUCCCAAAUUCCAGCUCCUGUUGGUGCCCUUAGCCCAGGACUGAGCUCGUGGCGUGUUCUCUUUUGGGAGUUUUUGGGUUGGUUUGGUUUUUUUUGUUGUUUUUUUGGUGUUUGUUUAGAAAAAAAAAAUAUUAAAUUUUAUUUCCAGAUGCUCCUCCUGCUCUCGUUGUUCUUCUGAAUGUCUGUGUCCGUGCUCUUGGUGCUUUCUGGAAAGCUGGCAUGUGUUCUGUGAGCCCUUUGAAUGUUCUAACUUAUUUAUAAAUCCACAACAGAUACGCUGGGUUGUUUAGUUGCUGGGAUUUCUUUUUUUUGAAUUUUUUUUUCCCCCCCUCCCCAUUUUUUUCCGAGUUUACUGCACUUGGGUGAGUUUUUUCUCUGCCUAAGCGAAAAUCGGGGGUUCCUGCACUACAGUCGCAAAAAAAAAAAAAAAAAAAAAAAAAAAAAAACC